CCUCUUGGACCUGGGCUAAUCUUUCUGAAGCAGCCACUACAUUUUCAACCCCUGGUUCUUCCUAUUUGUCUGGAGGAAAGUUUGGAGCAAGAGAAGAAUAUACAACUGUAUGACUGCUGGUUACCCAGCUGGUCCCUCAUGAGAGGUGAAUAAUGAAAAAGGCACUGGAUUAGAAUGGAAUGAUAUGUUUGGAAAAAUAGUAAUAUCCUUUCUUGAGUAACUGAGCAUUUAUUAUAUUUCUCUAAUCUAGUCUAAAGCAAAUCAACAAAAUUCACAAACAUUUCUUCUCUGUUUUCCAUCAGGAAGUCCUGGAAUUUUGCAAAAAAGGCACCUAAACAUCCUGCAAGCCAGCACUUGUGCCCAGUUUUGGCCCAAGCUGAAUGAAUUUACUUUCUGUGUGGAGGCCAAGAAAGCUAUGGGGGAGGCUGGCUGUAAGGUGACAAUUAAAGGGAAUGUGAAAGUCAGAAAUAAAAAGGAUUAUCCUUCAACACCAAGAUACCUCCUACCAUCCUUCAGAUAAUCAAUUGAUACUCUGUUCUGUUCCCUCUUUCUUACAGGGUGACUUGGGGGCACCUUUGGUGUGCCAUAUACAACAAAAGGAUACAUGGGUACAGGUGGGAAUCUUGAGUCACUUUGAUGAACAUUGCACAAAGCCCUAUGUCUUCAGCCAAGUGAGCCCUUUCAUUUUCUGGAUCCAGGGAGUUACACGGCUCAGCCAUGCACCAUGGUCCCAACAAGGACCCAUAACUACCUCUGCUUCCAUCUCCCUUUCAGUUUCUCCUGCUAGGAAUGCUUCAGUUUUAACCUCUACAACUGCUUCUAUUCGACCACACUUCAUUUCUCUGCCACAACCUCAGAGUAAGGCCCAAUAAAAUUAUAGUAAGAGAAGUAUAAGAAGGAAAUUAACAAGGGAUUGGAAAUACAAAAGAGUGAAAGGAGAAGAGAAAACUCUUUUCUUGAGAAAUGCAUAUUUUUAAAAUUUAUGAAAUCUUUGGAGUGAUUUAUUUAUUGGUCUAAAAAGGAACGUCAUAGUUAACAAUACUGUUUAACUUUCAUAAUGUUAUAGAAUAUAGAUGCCAGUGGUUAUUAAUAUAAUUAUCUUGAUUGAUUACUCUGACAUGUAGAAUAUUGCAAUAACUUAUCAACUUCUCGGGAGCAAAAAAGAGUAGGGCUAACAAUGAUACUCAAAAACUUAUUCUUCUAACAGAGAGUACUCUUCUACUACUAUAUAGCACCUUGCAUAUGUGUUACAAUAAUUUUUAUUAAAGACGUUUUGUUUUGUUGUCAGUGAUAAAUAAUGAUUUGUAGGCUCUUGUGUGCAUUUAUUUUACAUUAGGGUUAUUAUCUUUCUUCUUCCCUUGACUAUUCUGAAACCUAUCACAAUAUCAUCAAUGACUAUUUCUCAUUGUUUACUUGAUCUUACUGCCUUUGAAAAAUAUUUCAGUCCCAGAGUCUGUGUUUUAAUCUGCUUAAUAAGUAUUUACUAGCUAUCUCAAGUUGCCAUAUUAUAGUGAAUAAUGAUUUUUAAGCAUAAGUGAGGCCAUAUCAUUUCUUUGGUGAUAUUCUUCAAAUCCUUUCUCACACAGAUGAAGAAGUCUACAAUCAGGAUCUUAUUUAUGAUUUUACCUUCAUCUUUAUCACUUUAUUCUUUUUAUAGUCAGAUUGUUUUCAUAAAUUUUCUUUUUAUCUAGGAUUCAUUAAUCGUACAAGAGGAUUUCAAGUGAAAAUUCCAUAUAUGCAUACAUUAUAUUUUGGUCAAGUUCUCUGUGCCCCCUUCUACUGCAUAUGAGUGAAAAUGUGAUACUUGGCUUUUUGAGCAGGGCUUAUUUCACUAAAUGUGAUGAGCCCUAGUUCUACCCAUUCCUACAAAUAGCAUAAUUUCAUUCUUUUCUAUGGAGCAGCAAUCUUUCAUUGCAUAUAUAUUCCCACUCGUUGACUAGAGACAAUUUAAAAUUGCUCUAUAAAUAAACAAUGGGUAUAGAAAGAUAAGAGGAACUUUUUUUCAGGGAAAUAUCAUAGCUGCAAAAGAUACAGAAGCUCAUGUUUCUAAGUCAAAUUUUGAAAUGUCAAUGUGUUUUAAAUGGAUUGAAACAUUUAAAAUUAGAAAGCUAUAACAUUCUAUGAAAUUUAUUCUUACUGGCUUUUUUUGCUUCUUUUUUUUCAUUUGUUGGUUGGUUGUUUUUGCUCAGCUUCAGCAGACCGUAUUUCUCUGCGAUAUACUAUGCCUUGGCAGGUUAUGAUCAUCAGUUGUGGCAGUCAAAUCUGCAGUGGCUCCAUAAUUAGCAGCUCUUGGGUUCUCACUGCUGCCCAUUGUGUCAGGAACAUGAAUCCAGAAGACACUAUAGCGAUACUGGGCCUUAGGCAUCCUGGGGCACCUCUGAGAGUUGUUAAAGUAACUACGAUCCUACUUCACGAGAGAUUCUGGUUGGUGAGUGGAGCAGCAAGAAAUGAUCUGGCUUUGGUACUCCUUCAAGAGGGCCAAAAUUCCAUUCAGAUGUUAGCACCAUUGGGGCACUUGAAGAAUCUAAAUAGCUCAGAAUGUUGGCUUUCUGGGCCAAGAAUUCUUAAACCAGGAGAGACAGAUGAGAACCCAGAAAUAUUACAGAUGCAGGUUAUGGGAGCUUCAAGCUGUGCCUACCUCUACCCAGACAUAGGCAGUUCUAUUGUUUGCUUCAUUACUCAGGCCAAAGGCUAUGACACAAAUAUGGAGCCAGUGAGUCCAGGCAGUGCUGUUAUGUGCAGACCAAUAUCUGGCAAUGGCAAAUGGAGACAGAUAGGCUUCACCAGUCUCAAAUCUCUAGCUACCAUAGUGAGCCCACACUUCUCCUGGAUUUUAUCCACUUUAGCAAAGGCAGGCCAUCCCCUAAACCAGGACCUUAUGCCUUGGAUAGAAAAACCUAAGUCCUCUGGUUUCCUUAAAUAUCCAUCCACACUGCUACUUUCCUCAGCAAUUAUUAUUGAAGCACAGAUGUUUUUGUAGCCUGGUGACUAGAACAGGUAGUAUACAUCUGUUCAUACUAUGAUAGCCAAGAUACCUGAGGAAUAAAGAGAAAAUAUUGAUUUAUGCCCUAUAAGCUAUUCCUACAUAUUUCUUUUCAUCUUUCCCUGCAUAAUAAACGACUUAUGCUUACUGCCUGAGUUAAUGACUGUUCUUUGAUUAACUAUAUUCAUUUCAAAUAAAUCAAAGUUGUUAUUUAACAAGUAAAUGACUCCAGGUAUGGGUUACCAGAAAAUAAAGUUUUUACAAAGAUAGGGAAAUCAAACCUCAAAAAGACAUUUGUAAAUCUCCUAAUCUACAAAUUUAUAAUUUACAACUAUUAACAUACCUGAUCUAUUUUAAACCAUCUGCAUU